CAUCCAUGGCCCUCCCUGGUCAUGGCCCUUUCCCGGCCCACUGGCACUUGCGUGCAUCUUGCCCCCGGUUUGUUCUUUGUUAGUUAUACCGCUUCCCUUCCCCAGCGCCUCGCCUUCCCACUUGCUUCAUUCACCAAACCAAACCGCACCGCACACAAACACCCUCACACGCCAGAGUCUAUGGCCUACACCCUCGCUUUACGCUCUACCCGCUCUCGAAGCAUCGACUUCAUCUCCAUAUCGGAUCUCUAGCCCUGGUUGCCCCAGAACAGCUGUUCCCAACUGAUCGGAACCGAGCACUCGAUUGCGUCACAAGCCCAUCACACCAGAUCCCACCGUUUGCGGCCAUUGCAAAUCACGAGCAAAUACCACGGUCUACUCCUACUUCAAGGCGCGCUCCUGCCCUUGCGCUUAUCCUUCUCGCCUCAAAACCCCCUUUCGGCUCGAUAGAUGCAAUUCAAGAUGCAAUCGUGUCCGGUCCCCGAAGUCUUACAAUUAGACGCCCUCAAGAUGCAUCAGAUCGAUCCUUCAAAUGCCAUCAGUUUAAAGGCCAUGUGGACCAUGUUCAGCAAGUGCUCAGAAACAAUCAAAGAGGGCCACAGAUAUGAAAACAUGAGUUGGCGAGUAUGGUCUCGAGAAUCACUUUGCGUGACGCCGGUCGACUCUCCACCAGCCACAUCCCGAGUGCCAUCUUUGUCCAACUCCUUCUCUUCCGACGACAGCUUGCACGAGAAGCCGCUUUCAAGCCGGUCUAGGUCAUAUGGACAGGAUGAAUGCGCCAGUUCACUCUCAAAAUCACGCCACCUGACUUCCAACACUCUCGAAAAAAUUAUGGUCAAGAUACAAGAAAAAUCCGAAUUAUGUCCUUUGUCUCCUUCGAUCGAAGCCAGUCUCCCGAACCUUGCAAAGGCAGCACCUAUUCCCAACGUCGAGACUGAAGCCGACCCCAGACCUCUACAUGACUCGACUGACUCGUGUUUGUCCAAUACUACCACUGCCACUAGAAGUACAACAGCUCGUCAAAUCGAACAUCGUGACUCGGAUACCUCGGUCUCUUCGGAUGGUCUGAUUCGGUCCGGAUCAAUUGUGCACGGCUUCUCUCCAGCUGCAUCAUCUUUCCGCUCACGACAGCAAAGCACUGGCGUGCAACCAGUGCCUUCAUCGAAACUAAUACCCAAAACCAAUCCCACUAUCAAGGCUGGCAUGUUCACCCUUGGCGGAUCUUCAGAGGACGAUGAGUCCUCAUUUGAGCAAAGAGUACUUUCACACAAAGCUCCACCUCCCAAAAGCUCGCUGUCACAAAGCCUGAGCAAGACAAAUCUGAAACCAGGGUCACAGUCGAAGAUGCAGCCCAAGCGGACGUCAUUCAAAGAUGUCGUUGCUGAACGAAGAAUACAAGAAGACGCUGAGAAUGAUGAAGGCGCCAUUGAAAGCAGUGAUGAAGAGGAUGAUACUGAUGAGGUGAUGGAGUCGGCCAUUGACGAAGACGAGGAAGAAGACGGUGACGAUUGGGAAGACUCAAAUUCAGACGAUGGUAAGGUCGUGCAAGAAGCUCACGUUUUCCGACGCGUCGACAGUCGUCCUGACUUGGUCUCACGUCGCUCCAUGUUGACUUUAGCACUCAACAAAUCCCAAACCGGGCUCAACCACGCGUAUUCACAACCUGCAUUACAGCGGAAUCGAACAGGGUCGACACAAGCCGAGCGCCUGGCCGUCUCGCCUGAUGAGGAUGACGGGAUGAUGAUGCAGACGUCCGGGCGGCGACCAAUACAGAUUCCUCCUCCAAACCCAUCCGCUAAGAGCGUGGCACAUUCUCCUCGGACCACCAGGAGAAACAUGUUGUCCACAGAACUGACUGAAUCUCUCCGGAAAAACCUGCUAUGGGAAAGACAACAAAAGUCUCAGACUGCCAACGCUUUCCUGAAGAGACGGAAUGCUCAAAGCAUGGCCAACCUUCAAUCUCAUACUAUGCCAGCUGCGGGACCUUCUCAGCCUCCCCCACCAACAGCCUUGCAGGAGACGUCCAAGAACAACUCUUGGAACCACUACUUUGACAAUCCUUGGGAAUACCACACCAAAGGCUGGUAGAGGUGUUACGACCUAUGGAUUUGUAUAUACUUGCAUUUGUAUUUUCUGAUUCCUGUCUUGCGUUCUUAGCGGGUUCACGCUGUGUAUGUGUUUAUGACCCUGAUACCUGAUUUAUCAACGGAUGGCAGGCGGAAAAUGGAAAAAUGGAUGGUGAGGCUACGCCCCAUCCCGGUCUUUGUUUGGCACAUUUCUCGGAACUCUUUGUUUGUUUCUCGGGCGGUCCAAAAGCGAGAAAGAUCUAUCAUGCCAUCUUCGCCUCUGGUCUACGUCGAAGCAAUUCGAGGGUGGUUGGGAAGGCAAGGCUUAUCCCUUCAUCUGCAUCACAUGAUGCGAACUUUGUACUAUAUCACGACGUACCACCAUACCCUUUUCCCAGUUUUGAAGCAGUAUGCCUGUAUCAAUAGUAUUGUAUGUGUCAACAGAUGACAUUGUCUUAAC